AUGGCUAUCCCCGAUACUCCCCAAGCGGCCAGCGCUAGUCCCGCCACUCCUCGCCGUUUACUACUCAUCUCGGUGCCCCGCACCGCUUCCAAUCUUCUGUUGAAGAUCUUAAACAUUCACAAUCAACCCCAGUUUCACACCAGCCCAAAGGGCGGGUACUUCUUCUAUCCCGCAUUCGUAUCUGCGGCCCAAAACGGCCAUUUGGCCAAAUCACCGGAGCAAUGGUCACAAGAGGAUAAGCAAUCCGUGAAGAAGGGUUUCCAGGGAUGUCUGGAUGCUCUCGAAGAUGAGUCUUCGGUGGCGCAGAAGGACAACAAGGCCAUGUUUGCCAAGGAACAUGCAUUCUGGUUCUUUAACCCGGCUGCCCUUCAUAAGAUGAGGACUGGUUAUGAGGACCCCGAGUUUUUCAAAGAGCUCCGGUCGGAUAUGCCCGAGGCCUACGGCCCGAGCAGUUGGUCUCCGGCCAACGAGACCAUCUUGUCAGAUGAGUAUAUGCAGUCCUGGCAAUAUGCUUUCAUUAUUCGCCACCCAGCUCUUUCCUGGCCAUCGAUGUACCGCGCGAUGUUGAAGAUCGCCAAGGAAGGGUACAUGGAUGAGGACGGGAUCAAGGGCUCGUCCUUGACGAACAUGACCAUGCACUGGUCUCGUAUGUUGUACGACUGGUGCCUGGAGCAGCCGGAUAUUUCGGUUGCACCACCUGUGGUAGAUGCUCACGAUCUCAUCCACAGCCCAGAGAUCGUGUACAAACUUUGCGAGCAGACCGGCCUUGACAAGAGUGCUCUGCAAUUUGAGUGGGAUGGCAAGGAUGAGCAGAAGAAGUCCGAUAUUUGGGCUUCUCCCGAGUCUGAUGCUGACCAAAAGCAGCGUGAUUUGCAUCGCCGUGCUGCCUCGAUCAUGCUCUCGACCUUGGAAGACUCUAAGGGUAUCGUCAAGGACAAGGCACCCGUAAACAUCGACAUUGACGCUGAAGCGGCCAAGUGGAAGGUCGAGUUUGGCGAGGAGAUUGCUCAGAUGAUCGAGAAAGCCGUGAGGGAUUCCAUGCCUGACUAUGAGUACCUCAGGGCUCGUCGAAUCACUGUGUAA